AGAUGGAGUUGUUCGUUGGAACAUUCCGCGCAAAAACGGGCAGAUAGAUGUGUCUCUGGAGACCCACCAAAAGAACAAAGAAAGGAUAUCGGUGAAAAUAUCUAUGAUUUCUGGUCUUCAGCAGGUGUUGAAGCUCUAAGAAGAUAUGCUGGUACAAAAGCCGGUGAAAGUUGGUGGUCAGAACUUCCGAAACGAUACGGAUCUAAUCCUUCAAAUAAUUUGACUGCUCAAGUUUCCAGACAAGAUGUUUUGCAUUUCACACAGAUGGCUUGGGGUAAAACGUACAAAAUUGGCUGUGGUAUUGCUACAAAGUGCAAUGGUGGCAGGAAACUGAUGGUCGUUUGCCAUUAUCGGCCAGC